AUAUCGAAUAAAUUUAUAUUAGGAUGUUUCGCGCUCGGCAGCGCCGAUCUACUAUCCGCGAAUCAAAUUUUUGUAGAGUGGUGCGGUGAACGAUUGACGUUUGAAAAUUUAAAUUCUUCGCGACGAUCAGCAGUACUCGGGAAAGCGUUCACUCAUCGAAGAAUGUCCGGCGAUGUGCAGCCAAGGAAACGGAAGGAAAAACGACGUAAGAAAGAUGACGAAGACACUGGUACCCCACCACCUACUUUGAUUAGCCCGACUGAUACUUCUGCCGAAAAUGUCACCAUUCACAUUUAUAAAGAAAGCAGCACAGGCGGACAUUGGUGUGCUCGAAUUAUAUUUUUUGUUUUAUUGGCUGUUCUUGCAGGAUUAAUUGGUAUAAUAAUCUUCGAACAUAGAGGAACCACAGAUGUUGAUACGCCAAUAGCAUCGUCACGUUGGGCAGGUAUAUUUGAAGGCUGGGUAGAUGAUUCGCCAUCCAAUCAUGGUGAGCUAGAAGAAAAACUAGAAGUAAGCGAAGAAGUAGAGAAAGAAGAGGAAGAGGAAGAAGAGGAGGAAGGGGAAGAAGAAGAGAAAGAAAAGGAAAUAGAUCGUGAUGCAAAGUCGACAAAAGUUGAGAAAGAAGACGAUGAAAGUAUAGAACAAGGUACGGAAGAAACACAAGAAGAGGAGGAAGAGGAGGAAGAAGACGACAAUGACGAUGACGACGACGACGACGAUGAUGACAACGAUGACGACGAAGAAGAUAAGGAAGAAAUAGAGCAAGAAGAAGAAGAGGAAGAGCAAGAAGAAGAGAGAGCAGAAAAGAAUAACGUAGAAAUUGAAGAUACAUCAGAUGAAGAUCAAAACGAAAGGGAACAAAAGGAAGACAAAAAUAUUGCUGAAGAAGUUGAUGAUGAUGUGCAACAGGAAUUUGACGGGACUGGUAUAUUAGAAGAAGUUGAUGAGACAAAUGAGGACGAAGAUGUAGAUAAGAAAAAUAAUAUAGACUUUGAUGAAUUUAGUACUAUUAACAAUUCUGAAGAAGACAAGAACAAUGAUGUAUCUGAGGAAUUCCUAGGUAUACCUGGCGUUAAUGAAAUCGAUGAUAACAGUGCUGAACCUCUGGAAGAGAUAGAAGGUGAAGAAGUUGAAGAAGAAAAUUUAAAUGAUACAGAUAGUGAACUCGAAGAGGAAGAAGAAGAUGAAGAACCUGUUAGUGUGGCUGUGAAGUUUGGGGUCGGUGUUGCACUUGUUGUUGCUGCGCAUUUUGUUCUCGUUAGACGAUGGAACAACGUUGAUAUUGGUACUUUUCGUUCUUCGCAUGAUAUAAUCAACGUACCUGAUUUAUCAAGACAUGAAACGAUAACUUCACCUCCUAACGUUAAACAAGUAAUUAAGUCCACUGAAAAGGUUGAAAAUAAAACACCUCUACAAGUAAAAAAUUACGAAGAUUUGAAAUUCAAAUAUAAUAAGUCAGAAAAUAAAAAUAUUUCUUCAACCGACUUGACGAAAUCGAUUCCACAAGAUGGAGCAACACAAAUAAAAGAAAAAUUGCCAGCUCAAAGUAUAACUAAAGAAGAAAUGAAUAUUGAACAUGGCCAAUCUAAAAUAUCAUCGGAAGAAGAAGAAGAAGAAGAAGAGGAAGAAGAUUAUGAAUUAGAAACAUCAGAAGGUGAACAUGUUUCUGGAAUAGAAGAAGACGGAGAACAAGUAAAAGAAGAAGCUGAACAAGAAGAUGAAGAAGAAUAUGAAGAAGAUGAUGAGGAAAUCGAAAAUGUUGACGAUUCUGAAUUAAUAGCUAAAUUAGAUGCAAAAUAUGGAAAAUUACCUACUCCACAAGAUAGUGAAGUUGAAGAAGCAGAAGAAGAGGUAGAUGAAGAGGAAGAAGAGGAGGAAGAAGAGGAGGAGGAAGAGGAAGAAGUGGUAGAAGAGGAACAUGAUAAGAUGCCAAAACGUGUUAAAGAGUUAAAGGGCUCAAGUGUGGAACCUCAAGCGAGAAAAGCUUUUCAACAGACAAGGAGAGAAAUUAAGCAGGUGGAUAAUAAACAACCUAAAAGUGGAGAAAAAGCUUAUGAUUUUAGUAAGAAUACAUCAAAUACAGAUGAUAUAAUCAUGUACGAAGAAAACGAUUCUGCAGAAUAUCAGAUUGGUGAAGAGUUUUACAAUUAGAGUGUAUGUUCUUGCAAAAUAAUUUUGAUGGACAUACCUGUUUUUUCUUCUUCUGACACGUCACUACUGUUUUUUCGAUGUUAUAUUUGUAUCGUAAAUAUGCGAUGUAUAAGAU